CUUACGCGUCAUUCUCGUGUUGGAGUCCUGUUUGCAUCCCGCCAGUGGGGCUGAAAAGAGAGGGCGCCGACCAACAGCGGCUCCGGGAUCAAACGCUGCUCUCGCUCCCCGCGCAGGGAGACGGUCUCAAGCUCCAAUUGCCAUGCCUGAUAACUUUUUGACAUCAUCAGUGUGGGAACCCAGGGAGGAUCUGUGCAAAUAAAUGUUCCAGGCAGUGAGAGCGAAACCCGUGCGCUUAGUCCACGCUUAGCGGACUGAAAGUAAAUUCAGCGUCAGGGAUUGGCGUAAAAUGAAAUUUGGAAGCGGCACUUUGAUCCUGAAUGUUGGGGGGACCCGAUAUUCGUUCCCGAAGGAUGUAAUCAAGGACUUUCCCCUCAGAAGGGUGAGCAGACUUCACAGCUGUGCCUCGGAGAAAGAGGUGCUGGAAGUGUGCGAUGACUAUGAUCACGAAAGGAACGAGUAUUUUUUUGACAGGCACUCCGAGGCUUUCGGGUUCAUCAUGCUGUACGUCAAGUAUGGGAAGCUCCGGUUUGUCCCUCACAUGUGCGAACUGUCCUUUUACAACGAGUUAAUUUACUGGGGACUGGACCGCUCGCACCUCGAAUAUUGCUGCCAAAGGCGGUUAGAUGACAGGAUGUCCGACACCUACACCUUCUACUCAGAGGAAGAGGAAGAAAUGAAAAAACAGAAGAAGAAGGAGUUAAAAAACAGAUCUCAGUUUAAUAGGAAAUGGCUGGACAGGAUGAGGAGGACUUUUGAGGAACCCACCUCGUCUGUAGCGGCCCAGAUUCUGGCCACCGUGUCCGUUCUAUUUGUUAUUGUUUCCAUGGUGGUGUUGUGCGCUAGCACUCUGCCAGACUGGAAAACAGCCGAAAACAACAGUGUGGAGGAGCACAGGUACACAGAAAAUUUAAUGGGACCAUCAGGGAUAAUCGAAGCGAUCUGCAUGGGUUGGUUCACGGCCGAGUGCAUCGUGAGGUUCCUCGUCUCGAAAAACAAGUGCGAUUUUAUGAGAAAACCCUUAAACAUCAUCGACCUGAUGGCUAUCACCCCGUAUUACAUUUCAGUACUGAUGUCCUUCUUCACUGGGGAGAACUCUCAGUUACAGCGGGCUGGUGUGACUCUCCGGGUCCUGAGGAUGAUGCGGAUAUUCUGGGUGAUCAAACUUGCUCGGCACUUCAUCGGUUUGCAGACUCUGGGCUUGACCCUAAAACGCUGCUACCGGGAGAUGGUCAUGCUCCUUGUCUUUAUCUGCGUCGCUAUGGCCAUAUUUGGCGCCCUCGCCCAGUUGUUGGAAAGCGGGCUUGACCUGGAGGAUAAAAAUGAAGCAUAUACCAGUAUCCCCGCCUCGUGUUGGUGGGUGAUCAUCUCCAUGACUACUGUGGGUUACGGGGACAUGUACCCGUUCACCGUUCCCGGCAGAAUCCUGGGAGGAAUGUGUGUUGUCAGUGGCAUUGUCCUCCUUGCACUGCCCAUCACUUUCAUCUACCACAGCUUCGUGCACUGUUACCAUGAGCUCAAAUUCCGGUCCGCUCGCUGCGGUAGAAGCUUAUCCUUGGAAUACCUAAACUGAUGGAGAGGGAUGAAGUGAGAGAAACUCAGAUUGGCAUGGAUCAGUUGGGCAGAAUGGCCUGUUUCUGUGCUGUGGACUCUUGUAAUCAAUUGGGGGUCCAGAGGCUGCGUUAUAGCAAACCAGCCAGGUUGAGAGGUAGAGGAGAUUCGUGGUAGAAUGCUCUGGGAUCAAAAUUCAUUGCAAAACAAUAAAAUGGUCAUCAACUCCCAGAAAAGUGAUAACAUCAGUUUCACUCACAAUAAUUCCAAGGUUCUGAAUAAAACUGAACCUCUCCUACAAACUGAGGGAUUAUCAUUCAUAUUGAUUAUUUAACAACCUGUAAACACACAUCAGCCAACAAAACUUACUGUGUAAGGAGUGGGGAGAGAGAAUGCCAAGAAGACAGGAUCCAAGCAGCAUUUUCAAUUUGCUAAGCAUGUGGUGCAGAUAUUGUUUGAUCUAGUAGUCAGUGGGCUAAUAGAAGUGACAAUUCAAGCUUGAGCUAACCAUUGGUGAAAUUAGAACCUUUGGAGUUCGGCUUUUUCAUCCAAUACUGUAUGCCUAAAACUAAUCUUCAAUAAAAAUAGCUCCUUAUUGUUUUAUGUUUGAGCCCAUUCACAGCUUGUUAGACUAUAUAACAUGCCAGGAGGAGUUGGUUACUAAGGGAAGGUGCAGGGUACUAGACCACUAUUGAUUUGCUGGCAUCUUCACAUUGAUGGAACAGGAACCUUGCUUUCAAAGUUAGUGCCAGAAAAAGGCAAACUGUAGAACAGUUAAGAGUAAGGUGCAGCUAGGCUAAUCCUCCUUAGAAUAGAACUGGAAGAAUUAGUUCCUUUGUUCAAAUUUUAGCAGAUGAACUUGUAUUUUGGCCAUUUAAGAAUACCCUUUUAAUUGUUUCUGUCGGUAUUUUAUAUAAAAAUUUUCAUUUAUGUUCCUCAACAAAAUACUGGUUUAACGUUGUAGAAAAUAUUUCUUAUUCUGAUCUACACAAGAGUGAGUCUAGCAUACAAUAAGUAUACACCAAGAGUUCGACAGACAAAUAUUCAUUACUUUUAUAGAACUAGACCAGCAAUAUGAGUUUUAUGGCAACAAAAAUAAGGCAGUACAGGCCUAUCCAGUGGCAAUUGACCAAUGUCCAGACAUCCCAAAGCCUUUUUACUAUUUCCAUGAUUGGAGCGAUAGAUGAGUCCAAUCCUAACAGCACUCAGGAAAUUGAAACUAUUCAGAACAAAAUGCCCUGUUUGAUUCUCACACCAUUUAUGACCUGAAAUAUAAAUUCCCCACCCUGCGUAGCACCCCCUCCCAACAGCACCACCUCUACCACCAGCAAACUAAAGCUGCAGCAUGUGUCAUCUACAAAGUAACUGCAGUUAUACGUCUGUAAUUUUCUAAUGACCUCCAAGAUCAUGAAGCGUAAGGGCUUCAGGUGCAUGGGGACACCACCAAAUGAAUGCUCCCCUCCAAGUCACACAGCAUCCUGUUUUGGAAAAACAUUGCCAAUCCUUCAUUGUCAUUAGAUUGAAAUCCUAAAUUGCCUUGCCCAAACCACUGUGGGGGCACCUUCACUAAUACUGCAGUCCAAGAAGGCGUCUUAUUGUCAUGUCUUUUAGGGUAAUUAUGGGUGGGUCUGCCAUUGAUGCCGAGAUGCUUAAGAAGUAAUUCAAAAAUUGUGUACUCAGCAUCUUAUGUAAUAACUGGGGCAGAAAUGAAAUUUUUCCUGAUGGUUCUGGAAUUCCCAGAUUAGGUGUAACAAAAGUUACCUCUAUGUAAACUCAUACAUCCUGUUAUGUGCACCCACAGACAAUAUACUUAAAACUGUCUACACUUGAAAACAAUUUGUUAUUUGGUCUAGAUGUGAAAGUAAGAGAAGAAAUGGAAGAGGUCAUAAUAUUUCAAACACCUAUAGAUUAAAGGGUGGUACAUGAUGAUUGGAAAAUUGUACAUUAUACAACUUUGUUUAAAAAGAUAGGUGGAGUGAACCCAAUAAUUAUAGACCAUUUGCUUUAACAUGGGUGGAGGUUAAAGUUCUAAAACCAGUAAUCAUGGAUAGAAUUAGCAGUCACUUGGACAAGUGUGGAUUAAUUAGGGACAGCCAGCGUUGAUUUGUUAAUGAGAAGUUAUAUUCAACUGACAACUGAGAUGGUGAGGGGAAUAUAUGUAAUUGAUAAGGAACCACAAAAAAGAUUGAAGACCACUGAAUAAAAAUGGCUCUAGUGGCAUGGAUAAAAAAUUAGCUAAGUAACUAGAAACAAAGAGUAGAUAUUUUUCGAACUGGAGGGAAGUGUAUAAUGGAGUUUACCAGCAGAUAGUAGAGCAACCACUACUUUCUGCAAUGUAUACUGUAUCAAUGAAUGGAUUUGAGUGACAGGAAGUACAUUCCAAAUCUGCACAUGGCAUACAACUUGGAAGAACUGUGAACUAUGAGAAAAAAAAACAUUCUUCAAGGAUACAUAUUCAACCUGGUAGAAUGGUGGACAGGUGGCGGACAAAGUGCGAAAUGUGAACUAUUAAAUUUUGAUAGGCAAAGCAUUCGCAAAAUAUAUUGCCCAAUUCUACAAUAGGUAUAAAGCAGAGAGGUCUGGGUCUUUAUGAAAAAUGUUGGUUAAAAGUGGCAGGUCAGUUGAGCAAGCGGUUAAAAUGCAAAUGGCAUUCUGUUUUAUAAAUAAAGGUACAGAGUACAAAAGCACAGAAAAAAAAAAUGGACCUUUAUAAAAUAUUGGUUUGGACACAACUGAAGAACUGUGUCUGUUUCUGGGUGCUGAUUUUUUUUUCAAUAUGCAUAAAGAUAUGAAGAAAUAGAAUUAUAGGCACCAGAACCAGAAGUGGUAAGAGGUGAAGCUUUCUUUACUCAACAAGUGGUUGGGAUGUGGAUUCAAUGGCAUGAGAAGUACCAAGGGCAGAUUCAAUUGUACCAUCAGAAUAAAUAUCUGAAAAAAGAAAUUCACAAGUUUUAUAAAGAAUGGGUGUGAGCAGGUGGUGGAACCAACUACAGUGCUCUUUCAUAGAUUUGGUCAUGCGUCAUUGAUUAGCUAUCAAAAAUAUGAAAAAAGACCUAUUAGUACAUAAAAUAGUCUUAAGCAAAAUUACGGCAAACCAAAAUAUGUAUUAUAAAUAUGUGAAGAGCAAAAGAUAAGUAAGGAAAGAAUAAGGUCUAUGAAAGGCCAAAAAAUAGGCUAAUGUGUAUGAAAAAAAAUUGGUAUGGAUCUGAAAGUGAUAAUGCAGGAAUUGCAGUGAAAAAGGCAGACCGUGAAAUACUGAACGCAGUAAACAUAAUGAUUGAAAAAUACUGAGGGAUCUAGUUCUUUGUUGUGCCUUAUAUUGUUGGUGAGAAAACUAUUUGUAAGUCAAUAGUAUUAACCAUUAUUUAAAACAUACAGGAUAGAAUGAUAAAUAAAUCCUGGGAAGGACAUAUCUAAAAACUUUAUCUUAUUUUUAAAUAGUAAAAGGAGGGUUGAUAAUGAUUGCAUGGUUAUAAAAACAUUUACUACAGCCAUUGACAAGCUUUCAGAUGGUAGACUUUUCAAUAAAGUAAAACCCCAUCACUUCCCAAAGAAAAUGGCAUUCUGGGAUCAAGGUUGGCCCAGUGAUAGAAAGCAAAGAAUUUUGGGCAAGCUGAUUUUUUAAUGACUGUAAGACUCUUUUCAAUGGAGUUCUGCAGGGUUCAAUGUGAAAAAUUGGCAGCUGUAUGUAACUCAAUUGGUAAUGUUCUGAGUUGGAAGACUGUAGGUCCAAUUCCCAAUCCAGAGAUCUGAGCUCAAAAUGUAGCCUGACAUUCCAAAGCAGUAUUGAAGGAGCAAUUGGAUUUAGGAUUAGGUGUUAAACAUCCACUCCAACUGCUCCCUCAGAUAAGCGUUAAAUAUCCCAUCACAAUACCUCAAAGAAGAAUAGAAUUAUUCUGCUGGUGACCUGGCCAAAUUUAAGAAUCUUUAAAAAAAACACUGGUUAUUAUCAGCUGAAGAAGAUUAUUGAGCACAAAUUGACUUCUGCAUUUAUUAUGUUACACACUGAAUAUAUUUAAAAAAUCAUCACUGGUUUUAAGUACUUUGGAGAGUGCUUAAUCAGGAUUGCUGUAUAGUUGCAAGUUUUCUUUGUUAAAGCUCUUUGGGAGGGAAGUAGAUUAAGACGUUUACAAUUUAUAUAAAACUGGCCAAGUGACUGACAGCGAAGAGGGAAACUAUUGUGAAUGGCAUUACUGUAUCAGUGAAUUGGUCAGGUGGGUAAAAUGGAAUUCAACUAUAAGAAAUGUGAGGUAUUGCACUGGGAGAUCAAACAAGACAAGAGGAUAGGUUCAUGUCUUGUUCAGUUGAGUUCAUAAGAUGCGUUUAAGUGCAGAGGGAUCUGGGAAUGCUUGGUCCCAGAGCCCUGCAUUAAGAUAUUAAAAUUGAGCAUGUAGGAGUUAGUAUGAUCUGAAUUACUGUUCAACCACAGUGGGAAUAUUUCAUGUAGUUCAGGUGAGAGGGUACACAUGAGAGUAUUUAAAACGCCUGGACUGAAUUUAGUUGGGGGAUAGCUGCAGGAAGUAGAAGCUUUCAUCACGUAUAGAAACAUGUGUGGACAGGACUUGAUUUGCAGUAACCUACAAAAAAGAUUCAACUGGAUACUCCUCCUUAGCCAGCCGAAUGAUCUCCUGUAUAGGAAAGUGAAACUGGGGGAGAAGAUAAGAUGGACAUCCACGACCAAAUUUUCCUCAAGUUUCUGAGCAGCUGAAGAACUGCAUUUUUUCCUGAGAUCAGAUUCAAAGCCACAAUAGGACACUUCAAGCAGCCAGUUACGAUAUGUUAAGCAUGCCCUGAACAGAAAUAAUCUUAAAUAACAUCCAGAUGAGCAACCCUGUGAAGCAUUCACCAAAACUUUUAAUUAAAUCUGCUCUGAAAAUAAAUUGAGAAAAUCUGAUGCAGUCUUUCAGAAACCGAGGGGAAAAUGAGAAAUAUUAAUCUCCGUGGAGCACAUCUCUAGUUGAAAUGGUCAAAGCAAAGUAUAAUCCAGAGUAAAACGCAAUGGGGAAAUCAAAAGAAAGUGACUUUUCCUCAAUUAUCUCACAGACUGCAGUAAACUUUGUUUUAACAUGGACUUCCCAAACCUUUGCAACUUUCCAUUAGAUUUGGUCAAAGUUGACCCCCAGUUUCUAGACUAAGGCAAUAACCAGUGUACAGGGAUCUCUAUAAGUAAGCUUCAGAGCCUGACUACCCAUCCAUCUCCCAACGUUCUUGAAUCUUGCAGAAAUAAUCGCAAUGUAAACCUAGAGAACCGUUCUAAAUACAGCAACCUGAUUUCUUUUCAGGAUGAUUCCAACAGCAGCACAAAGCACAAAUGAAAGAGUAUCCCUGGUGGCAACAAGAGUCUUAAACAAGCAGCAGAUAGAUGUGCAGUGAUUUGCCACAUGGUUGCCUUCACUGGAAUUGAACUGAAUGAUUGAGGUUCAAAAGAUAUACUGCUGGAGGAACUCAGUGGGCCAAGCAAUAUAUGUGGAGGCAAAGGGAUGGUUGGCAUUUUGGGUCAUGAUCUUGCACUAGGGCUCCUGAUAAUGGAUCUCAACCAUCCCUUUUCCUCCACAGAUUCUGCCUGACCCACUGAGUUCCUCUAGAUUUUGGCAUCUGCAUUCUCUUGUAUCUCUGAAUGAUUGUGGUGGAAGGUGUAAAUCAUUUAAGCAGACCAGGUCCCUCCCCUGCAAGUGAAUGCAGAUGGAUCGGCGAAACUGCAGAUUCCUGUGGAUUGUUGGGAGGGAGAGAAGGAGUGAAGUAACGAAGCAAAUUCAGCUGCCGCAGGUUACGAUUCUAUUGAUGAAUCAACACAUUCCUGGAAGAUAUUCAAGACAAUUGCAGAUUUUUGUAAAAGAUAAUUCCUUGUUUUAGCCCUAAUAUUCUGUUUUCCAGCUUAUUUGCAGAAAAUAUAU